UGGCUAUUAUGUUAGACAUCUGCCCGCUCCAGUCCUUAUAGAUUACAUUUUAGCCUAACUAUGUAUAUUAGAAAUAGGUGGUGAGAGGCAGCUAAAGGCAUUUAGAUGGCAACUAUUAUUCCUUUGUGUGUUGGUCAAACAGCACAUUUAGCAUCAGGCUAAGGCUUUCAGCACCAUUUUUGAUAACCACGGAUUUGGAGCAGGGGUGGCCAGACUCUGUCGCGAUCGACCGGACUGACACGGAAUGCGGAAGUGUGGCGUGAAUGCGUACGUAGGCGAUGCAGCGUAUGUAAGCAUUCACGCAGAAAUCCACUGGGGAUCGACUGGUGGACCGCGAUCGACGUAUUGGCCACCCCUUAUUUGGAGCAAUCAUAUAAUACUCCGUUAUAUUAUCCCUACUGCAGAUCCUGAUGCACAAAAACUGCAGAAUUAACUAGGAUGCACCGAAUCUACAACUGAUUUAGCCCAAUGCGGAAACGAAUCAGAACUCUUAUUUGUAUAGUUACAUUUGAGUAGAGUUAAACUGCUGCGCAGAAUCCUUUGGGAACAGAUAUAUACCGGUUUAAUUUGUCUGGCGUAUAAAGGCACCUCAAUGUAAUGGUUCAGAUUUGGUUUGGACAAACAGCUGCGUCCGAAUCCUGCAAAAAGUUCUCUAAUUCAGCUCAAUCCUGAAAUUUGUAUUUGAUUUGGUGGAACCCUGGGGAAAAAUAACAUUUUAUUAAAAGCAUGUUUAAGUUGGCCUUGUAUGAAAAACUUUGAGUUGAAGAAGGGCAUCCUUAACCAAUUUUCUGUUCAAUUUCACUACAGGUAAAAGCUAAAAAUGAUGACAAAGUUGAAAAGCUGUUCCAGAGGUGCCUCAUGAAAGUCUUGCACAUAGAUCUGUGGAAAUGCUGUGUGUCCUAUGUGCGGGAAACCAAAGGGAAACUGCCAAGUUACAAGGAGAAAAUGGCACAGGCGUAUGACUUUGCGCUUGAUAAAAUUGGCAUGGAAAUCAUGUCCUAUCAGAUAUGGGUCGACUACAUCAAUUUCCUGAAAGGAGUAGAAGCUGUGGGAUCUUAUGCUGAGAACCAAAGAAUUACGGCCGUCCGCAGAGUUUACCAGCGAGGCUGUGUCAACCCCAUGAUUAACAUCGAACAGCUUUGGAGGGAUUACAACAAGUAUGAAGAGGGUAUCAACAUCCAUUUGGCAAAGAAAAUGAUUGAAGACAGAAGUAGAGAUUACAUGAAUGCAAGAAGAGUUGCAAAGGAAUAUGAAACGGUGAUGAAAGGUCUGCAAUGCUCCUUCCGUGCCUCCUCAAAACACACCCCAGGAAGCACAGCAGGUGGAAAUGUGGAAAAAAUAUAUACAGUGGGAGAAGAGUAACCCUCUGCGAACAGAGGACCAGACCCUAAUAACAAAAAGAGUUAUGUUUGCAUAUGAGCAGUGUUUGUUGGUACUGGGACAUCAUCCGGACAUCUGGUAUGAAGCCGGACAAUACCUUGAACAAUCUAGCAAGCUGCUUGCUGAAAAAGGGGACAUGAACAACGCUAAACUGUUCAGUCACGAAGCUGCCAAUAUCUAUGAGCGGGCAAUCAGUACAUUUCUAAAGAAAAACAUGUUGCUGUAUUUUGCCUACGCAGACUACGAAGAGAGCCGAAUGAAGUAUGAAAAAACACACAGCAUAUACAACAGAUUACUCGCCAUAGAAGAUAUAGAUCCCACCUUGGUCUAUAUUCAGUACAUGAAGUUUGCUAGGAGAGCUGAGGGCAUCAAAUCUGGGAGAAUGAUUUUCAAGAAAGCCAGGGAAGAUCCCAGGACCCGUCAUCACGUUUACGUCACUGCAGCCUUAAUGGAGUAUUACUGUAGCAAGAGGACAAUAACACAAGAGUAUUAUUUGAACGCGUUUUAACAUCAGGAAGUUUGCCUCCCGAAAAAUCAGGAGAGAUUUGGGCACGCUUCCUGGCCUUUGAAAGUAACAUUGGAGAUUUAGCUAGUAUACUGAAAGUG